AUGGCCUCCACUAGUCUCAUAGUUUCACCAGGGCUUCUUCCCACGGAUUGGAUGCACAUGCCUGAUACUGCUGAUUGGAUGCAAGAAAACUUUGUCGAAGAAAUGAACGUACCAAAAGAGUUUUCAAACGGUUGCAACAGCGCUGAUGCCACAAGGAAGAGUGAUCUGGAGUCAGUGGCAUCGCCAAGGUCCACUCUGAUCAUUCAGUCAAACCAGAAGCCAGUUGUCUUACCUGAACCUGUCUCAAGCUGUGUACCACCUGUGGACGCACCACCGCAAGCCCCAGUGCACUUGAAGGACAUGACCAAGACAACCACAAUGAUGUCAUUCACAAGGUUCAAAAGCAAAAGGCCAAAGGUCAAAAAGUGCAAUUCCUACUCUUAUCCCUCUGUUCGGGCAUCCUUUUCUCACUUCACUGGUGAUACGGAUACCUGCACGGAUGGUCUCAAUGCCUCGUCCAGUUCGGUCACCACACCUCAUGCGUCUCGCAGUAUGCCAAGACCCCGUCGCUGCAACUCCUUUCCCACGGUUGUGUCUCCUUAUUGGCUGGAAGAGCAAAGACUUCAACAACGAAGAUCCAAGUGUGAAGACAGCGUCCGACAACUAUAUGAAGAACGGAAGGAAAACAUUGUGGAAAUAUUCCAGAAUCAGUGGCUCAUCAGUGAUGACCUCGAUGAGUAUGAGUAUGGCGAUGAUGAGCAACAAGAUUGA